UGACUACCUCGCCCAUUAUAUACCGAUGAUCCUACCCUGACAAUCGCUGUAUAUCACGCGGUUAACCGUUGGAGGUUUUAGCGUAGGCAAUAAUUUAUAAUUAGGUAGGCAUUAUAAUAAUAACGAACCGUAAAUUAUUGUAAUGGUAAUGAUAAUAUAAUUGCGAUUAUCCCGCCGACAAUUAUGUAGGUACGCGUUAAUGGUUAUCGGAUAGAACGAAAAAAAAAAAAACGUUUAAAAAAUCGGCACGACCCGCGCGUGUCCGCCGAAGCCCGAUCCCCCACCCCUGUCGCCGGGCUCGCGGAUGAGUCGCCCAGGCCCGCGGCCGUCCGCGCGCGUCCUCGACACCGCCGGACGUCGCCGGUUAAAUAAAGUGCGGCAAAACCGCCACGAAGUCCGUCACAACGAUCAAGUCUUCUGGCCGUAAUACGUCGCCAGUGCUGCGGGUCGGCUUCAAUUUGUGUCCGCGUGGUGUGUCUGCCGUUGUUUUUUUUUCGUUUCGUCUUCAUCAUAACAUAUUUUUUUCCGUCAACGUGUGAUAUAAUUAUUUUUCUAUAGUAGAAAAAACAAAAAAAAAAAAUCAAUAAAACCGUCACAGUUUAUAGUGUUUGACAUUUUUUUUUCGCUGUGUCGUACCUAUGCAAUAAGUGUCGUUUGCAAUAUUUUUAGUCGUGUGCGCGUGCGCGCGUGUGUGUUUGUGUGUGUUUUUUUAAACGCAUUGAAACUCGUGACGUAACGGUACAAAAUAUAAUAAUAUAUUAUUAUUUUAUUUAAAUCGCCAACGAACGAAAACAACAUCACUUGGCCCGUGUCUGUGAGAUAUAAAUAGGUAAUAAUCUACAGCCGAGUCAUGGGCAAAAUGAGCGGUUCAGUGGUCAUAAACGUGAAGCGGCCGGUAUACCAGCUGGACGACCUGCACGAUGGCAACCCGAACGUGGAGCUGGAGACGACGGUCAAGCGGAAAAAAGUGGCCAAGCUGAAUUGGUCGGACGUGAAAACGGUGGUGCCGGCAAUCGAUUGGCUGUUCACCAACUACAACUGGUCCGAAGAUUUCUUCAAGGACUUUGUGGCCGGGUUCACGGUGGCCGUGCUGAACAUACCGCAGGGCAUGGCGUACGCUAUGCUCGGCAACGUAGACCCGACCGUUGGACUCUACAUGGCCAUCAUGCCCGUCAUCGUUUACAGUCUGCUGGGCACGUCCAAGCACGUUUCGAUGGGAUCGUUCUCGGUCGUUUGCCUGAUGACCGGCAAAGUGGUAAGCACGUACGCCAACGCCAAUGCCAACAACGCCAAUUACAUCAACGCUAACGUGGACGCGGAUCCCACCGCUGGCACGUUCGCUGACCCGGCGGUAUCGCUGCAGCCGCACAACGCGGCCGCCGUGUACACGUCCAUCGAGGUGGCCACGGCCGUCACUCUGAUGGUCGGCCUCAUACAGAUACUCAUGUACGUGUUUCGGCUGGGCGUCGUGUGCACGAUACUGUCCGAGACACUGGUCAGCGGGUUCACGGCCGGCGCGGCUGUCCACGUGGUCACGUCCCAGAUGAAGGAGUUGUUGGGCGUCAAGAUCGAGAAUCACAACGGGCUGUUUCAAAUCGUUCUCACCUACUACGACAUCGCCAACCGGAUCCGGGACGUCAACUUCGCCACGAUCACCGUAUCCAUCAUCACCGUCGUCCUGCUGCUAUCCUACAAUAUGCACCUGAAAGCCUUCAUCAACAAGCGGCUGUUCAUGCCUGUGCCCAUCGAGCUCAUCACGAUCGUCAUUGGGACGGCGCUUUUUCAGUUCACCACGUUCUCGGAAGACUAUCAAAUCAAACUGAUAGGCGAAAUCGAGAGGGGCCUGCCCGAUUUCAAACCGCCGCCGGUGAACCUGCUGAUGAGCGUGAUCACCGAGAGCGUGAUAAUCGCGAUCGUCGCGUACUCGAUCACCAUGUCCAUGGCGCUGCUGUUCUCGGAGAAGCUCAAGUACACGAUCGACACGAACCAAGAGCUGCUGGCCCAGGGCGUGGGCAACGUGUUCGGUUCGUUCUUCUCGUGCCUGCCGUUCGCCGCGUCGCUGUCGCGCAGCGCCACCCAGCAGACGGUCGGCGGCCGCACCCAGAUGGCCAGCAUCGUGUCGGCCGGUCUGCUGGUGGCCGUCGUCCUGUGGAUCGGCCACCUGUUCCAGCCGCUGCCCAGGUGCGUGCUGGCCAGCAUCACGAUCGUGGCCCUCAAGGACAUACUGCUGCAGGUGCGGGACGUGGUGCGCGUGUGGCGGACGUCCAAGGCGGACGCGGCCAUAUGGAUAGCGACGUACUGCACAGUGGUGCUGGUCGAGAUCGACGUCGGGCUGCUGGCCGGCGUGGUCGUGUCGCUGUUCUUCGUGUUCAGCCGCGGGAUCGGCACCGGCAUCGUGGUGCUGGGCCGCAUACCGGACACCGACCUGUACGUGGACAUGGACAGGUACCGGCGGGCGGUCGAGGUGCCCCGCGUCCGCAUCAUCCACUACUCCGGCAGUCUGAACGUGACCAACCGGAACGCGUUCCGCGACAAGGUGCACGGCGCGCUCAGCCGGUACGACGGGCAGCUGGCCCCCAUCACCAUAUCGAUAAACAGCGGCAAGGAGACAGUGGUCCGGGCCCAGUGCGUCGUGUUCGACCUGUCCGGCAUGCACUACGUGGACAGCUCGGGGCUGACCAUGUUCGCGCGGCUGGUCGACCAGCUCAACGAGGCCGGCCUGCUCGUGUACGUGGCCGCCGUGUCCGGUAACGUGUACGACAACAUGCGGGCCAAGCAACUGGGCACAGUGCAGUUCUUCCCGACCGUCCACGACGCCGUCGAGUUCUACAACAACCUGGAAGAGUUGAGAGCGUGAUCGCGUCCGCGCGCCGCACCGGUCCUCCCGCCGAGCUAGCGCCCCGAAAAACGAAUCGUUUCUACCAUUCCGGUCUGUGUCUGUACACGUAUAAUACUUAUUAUAUAAACGUUCGUCGGCGUCGUGUGACCGAUGGAAAAACGACCAAAAAAUUAUUUAAAAAAAAAAUUCCAAUCGAUCGUAUACACGUUGGCGCGAAUAAAAUAAAUCUCAAAAACCGUGUCCGGUAAACAGCCAGGUAAAACCACGCCCGUCUUAUCAAUAAUAAUAUAUUAUCAUAAACAUCACGUUAUCUUAGAUUUAGGUGCGCGUUAGAUUUCGGUCGGGACUCGAGCGCAGUUGUAUAAUAUUUAGAUUCCUUUCCCUCCCGAUCGUCGUAUGCGUCGUACGUUUCGACAGACCGGCUGGACAAAAUGUCGGAUAACCGCAGUAGUUCCUAUGGUAUAUAGAGCGAGUUUUAAUAUAUACGUAAAUAGUACACCUUUAAAAUGUCAUUUUAAAUUAAUAAAUCGAUGAAAAUACAAAGUUGACGUGUUCGAUGAUUUCAUCAUCGUGUGUUAUAAUACCCAUUACAUAAAUUAAAAUAUAAUAAUAUUUAUACGAUCGAUUCGAUCAGUGUACAAACGAUGAUCUCCAGAGAAAAUUAGGCAAUUGUAUAUAUUAUUAUAAUAGAUAGUCCGAUCGUCGGUUAACGACUUUCAAGGACGAUCUGUUUGAAAUUUCAAAUGUGAUUUUAAAUCGUCGAAAUAAUUAUCGGUUUGGUUGGUCAGACAUAAUAUUAUAUUGUUAUCGUCUUGGUUACGGCGCGAUCUGACACUGUCCUAUGGAUUUUUUAGUCAACACUUCAAUACCCCACCUUAAUCACUAGUAUCUAAAUUGAAUAUAUAUUAUAUAUAUGGAUGGUUUCAAGAUUUGAUUUUCUUGCUUGAAAAAUGCUGUGCAUUUUAUUUGUUUCGAUGUUAAGAACUUUUUUUGUAUUUUGCACCAUCCUGUCUAGUAUUAUAAUAUUAUACGUCCGCCAGUGUUUAGAAUCCUCGUGAAUUUGUUUCUAGAUAAAUUAAUUUACCGUGAAAUACAGUCAAAGUUUUAGUCUCUAUAGCGUUGUUUUCGUGAUAUAACUUUUUUUUUAAUAAAAAGAAAUAGCGAGGUACCUACAAUGAAAUAAUAUAACAAUAGUCAUAAUAAUUGAUAUUAAUUACCAUCGUCAAAAUGUCAAAUAAUAUCAUCCUUUUUAGUCUUAGGUAUUUUAUAUUACAUAACGUGCGUUUUUCAUAUUUAUACAUAUAUUUUUUUUUUAUUCAUUUCGCCCAAGUUAAGGUGACAAUCACGAGUCAGUAUUUGAUACAUCGGCCGUUUAAUAAACAGUUAAUUAUUACAUCUAAUUAUUUUAGUAUAUUUCGUGUUGGUCCCAUGUUCUAUGGGAAUUCUAUGUGUAUAGGCAUUGUGAAACAUCCGUAAAACCACUAAUCAUCUCCUCGACAAUAAACCGCGGGCUACCGCAGCGUGAAGUAUAGUGCAUACCUCAGUUAUCUAUACUUACUGCACGUGUAACACUUUGCUGUGUUUGUAAUAAAUGUGUUGAUUUAAUCCUAAUAAAUGACGAUGGCGUACCAUUAUUACUCAUUCUCAGCGAGUUAUUGUCGUCGAGUGUAACGAAACCUUUUAAUUGGAAACCGAUCGGAACUUAAAAACCGCGGGUUUGUGUUUAACGGAUUUCUGUAUGGCGUGAUUGACUUUUUAACAUCAUUUUUACACAGCCGGUCUUAAUACUUUUCAAAAUAAUAAAAAUCAAAACAAUAUUCAGUGUGAUCUUAGAAAAAUUUAAAACACUUGUUAAAAAUAAUACAUCAAAAUCUAUACACCCAUACAUCUCUACCUGCAAUACCAUGGAGUAUUGGUGAUAGUAAAACAUAUUAUAUUAACUUUUUCGUGAGAAAAUAUAGUAAUUAAUCGUUCGAAUUUAAUUAUAGUGUGAUAUAACAAUAUAAUAUUUAUAUUAUACAAACCUAUUUACGUUAUUUUUGAUAAACAUAUUAAUAAAAUAUUAAAAUGUUCUUAAAUACUAUAUUUAACGUAUAUAUUAUGUGUAAAGAACAUCAUAUUAAUAAUAAUUGUUAUUUAUUACACAAUUGAAACAAAAUAAUGUUCGUUGUCGUUUCGUGCUAUUUUAUUACUCAUGCUAUAUAUUUUUUAUUUUCUUCCACUCAAUAUCAUUAUGAUGUAUUUAUUUUUUUUCGAUACAUCGCGAAGUUUAAACACAGGUGGGGGACAUUGUUUUACUAUUCUCGUGUUAUAUUAUAUAAUUAUGAAUGAUAUAAUAUAGUUAUUAAUGUAUUGUACGAGGUUACCAAUUUUUUCCAGAUGAUAAGUCGAUGGACUAAAUAUUUUUCCAUUAGAUUAGUUGUGGUUAUAUUAAUUUAAAUGGCAAUAAAUUAUUACUACGCUGUAUAUAUUAUACAUAUAGGUACUUAUAAUUUACUAUGUAUUAUACUUUUAUACUUUGUUGGUUUUCUAAUCAUUCCAUUGUGAUUUAGUAUUUAUCGUUAUUUUUAUCGUGUAUUUUAUAAAUGUUAUAUUAUUUUAUAAUACAAAUAUUACGUAGGUAUAUUAUGAUAUUAUAUAUAAAUAUUUUUAUAUUAUGUUAUGGUCCGUUCAAACAGGGUUAGCUGCAUAGUUAUGCACGUGCAUUGUUUUAUUACGACGUUUUAAUAUGAAGAUUUGGAUAAUUAAGGCAGUUUACGUAUAUACCGACAUUAUGUUAAUAUUAUAAUACUGUACAUAUUUAACUUUUUUUAUUUUCCAAAAUUGUUUUUAAUUAUAAUAAUAAUACGUCUUGUCGGUGACUAAAUGUUCUUGUCCGUCAAUAUAAUAUAUUGUAAUCAUAAUAUUAUUAUUAUGAAGUUUAGUUUUUUUUUUAUAUAUAUUAUAUAUUGUUUUUUUCGUUAAACAAACCAAAGUUACCAUCAAAACGAUUUACCAUCGUAUAUGUAAUUAGAUAGAUGCACGAUGCGUUAUUGUGUAAUUAGUUUUCUGUAUUGUAUAAUUGAUGUUCGAUGUUACAACGCGUUUGCUUGUUACAUUUAACGCCCGCGUAUAAUGCUGUUGUAUAUUGACAACAGAAUACGAGCAUAAAGUCUGUGUUAGUAUUUCGUCCUAGUCUCUAGAUCAAAAUUAUUGUUUAAAUGUUUUAUUACCAAACAUAUUUUAUACUAUGUUAUUAAAUUCAAUAGCGUGUACUUAAUACUUAUCAUAUAAUAUAUUAUUAUAUUUAAAAAAAAUGUUUGUACUUUUUUUGCUACCAAUUAUUAUUAUAUUAUAUACAUACCUAUAUAUAAUAAUAUACUAUACGUCUUAACAAAUAAAAUAAUAUACCUAUGUUUAA